AUGCACGUUACUGACAUGGUCUACAUCAGUGAACUCAAACAACUGGCUAUCUCCACUUCUGACAGGGAACUAAUAUUCUAUCGCUGCAAUGAAUUCCCUAAGUUGUUUUCAACCAGCCACUCUUUAAUAGUAGAGGACAACAUAGUGAAUACCAUGAACUACUGGUCCAAAGGCACUAAAGCAGUGUUUUCCUUUGGCGUUGUAAAAGGUUUUUUGUCUGUGUUUGUCUCCUACAACAUAUGUGAAAACGGCCUCUUCUUCAACGGUGCAUAUGAGAAAAUCUCUCUGCGGGAUUAUCCAACGUUUGUUUCAACCCUGUUAAAAAAACCCUCUAAAAACUUUCUAUGUGUGAAGGUCAACAUCUUUAAUGACAUUUGCAGUCAGAUCCGAUAUUUUCCAUCACUUAGGUCGUUUGCUAUCUGCGGUAGUUCAUCCAAGACAAUGGUCCUUGCUUCUCUACCCAAGACAUCCACAACCAAAAUGUCUACAACAGUCUUUAAGAGCAGAGGACAUGUGGACUUCUUCACCUGUGUAGAAUAUUCCACUUCCUCUGGGUAUCUGCUGACCGGUGGGACGGACGCCCUACUGAGGACGUGGUUUCCCCACAAAACAGUGUCAUGCAUCCAGGAAUUAAAGGGACAUGCCAAACCCAUCACCCAUAUAAUGUUAAAUCCCAAGGAAAAAGUUUUUGUUAGUUUAUCGCUGGACCACCACAUAUGUGUUUGGUCAGAGGAUGCAAUGAUCUGUUUGCAAAGUUUCAAGAUAAAAGAAAUGAUGCAGAGUCCUAUCUCCAGUGUGUGUUACAACACACACAACAAUGAGUUAGUCCUAGCUAACACAGAUAUUGGCAAAUAUCUUGGAAGAGGAACGGAUGUGUUUAAAAAUGCAUUAACAUCGCAUGACAAGCCCCUGUGCUGUGCUCUCUAUCACAACAUUUUCAAACAGGUUGUCUCUGUUUGCCAAAAUGGCGUGGUGACAGUGUGGGAUAUCUUAACAGGAACGGCCGCCAUGCAGUUCAAGGUGACUCCAGAUCAGUACGUGGGGCAUGUUGCUAUUUCAUUUGAUGGACUAAAGCGCAGACUGAUCACAAUUUCCCAGGAUGGAAAACUUAAAAUUUGGAACUUCAACAAUGGAACAGAGCUUGCCAUUCUUCCUGUUACCGUACAAAGGGAGGUGACAGGUAUCGUCUGUGUAGACAAUAGGGUGUUUGUGUCGGGAAAGAACUCCAAGAUCAUUUAUGACCUGGACAUACACGGAUAUGACAACAGAUUUUUGAAGCAUGAUUAUUUAGAUGACAUUUGCUCAAUGGAUGUCCAUGGAAACGCACUGGUUACUGCCUCCAGCAAUGGAAAUAUUGUCAUCUGGGAGGCCGCCAGUGGCGAAGUUCUCUACUGGCUCAAUGGCAGCAACAGCCCUCGAACAAACAUGGCAGACAAAACCACUCAGGGCCAGACAGGGAGUCUGCUUGGUGACAAGAGUCCAAAGCACGUCAGAGGCACUGGGAAAAAACCUCUACAUAGUAAAUCCCUAAAUGGGAACGACACUGAUGUGAUUAACACACCUCUUAUCAUAUGUCUGAAGACCAGGGAGGUUAAAGUUGACACAGCCACACUGCUGACGUCUGCAGAUGGCAACAUAUAUGCCUGGUCUGUUAUUAGCAAGGGAGGAUUGAUUGGAAAGUUCAGGGCAGUGAAGGAUGAAGGUGCAGUCAUUACCACCAUGUCAACUGAUCCCAGUGACCAGAUAUUACUGACCGGGGAUAGUACCGGAAAGAUUUAUCAGUGGGACAUUAAGGCUUUUGGGUUUAAAAAACAGGCAAACAACGAGCCAUUUGAGGAUAUAAAUGGGUGGUGUGUUGUCAUUGUGUCCACGUCUUCUGUUGCACUCCUGGCAAUCUCACAUCACAGGGGUGGUGAGUGUUCAGUGUAA